AUGACUGACGAUCAUCCCUCGUUAAUCACUAAAAUUGCGCACCUUGAAAAAUAUAUUGAAUAUCUACAAUCUACCAUGAAUGAUCUCACUAAAGUAAUUAAUGAUAUGAUUGAAAAGCAACUGCAUGAACCUACUUCUAAUCUUAAAAUCAAUGAUAACCCUCCAAAUGAUGAGUCAGUUAUGUCCACUCUAAUAUUCCCCCAAACACAAAUACAAGCACCAUCUUCUACACAAACACAUACACAAACACAUACACAUACACACACACCACACACACUUACACACAACAAAAAAGAACAAAUUCCUAUGAAGAACAAAUACCAAAGCCGUAGAUUCAACCAAGAAACAACAACCAAUAUCAACCUAAACAAGAAAAAUCUCUCUUCCAAAGAUAACUCGAACCCUAAGGCCUCCAAACUUGCGAAGGAUCCAUGGGUCCCCUCUGAAAGACCAUUCAUACUCCAAAUUGUUCCGUCCUCAUCAAGCUCAAGGGACGAAAUCAUCAAGAACCUCAAUACCGCCAAAAGUCAAACAAACUUUAAAUACUUUAUCUCUGAUAUGUCUCUCCAAAUCACAGAGUUCACCGCUCAACAUCUUACUGGAAACGAUGAAAACAAUAUUCUUCAUAUGAUCUCCUGCCUAUGCAAUUGGCAUGAGAAAUCUAAAGGUUUAAUAGCUAUGAGAAUUAGUAAACCACCAGACUCAAGCUGCUUCAAAACCACUGUUACAGUUAAGAAUUUACAAUCACUACAAGAAAUCCUCUCUAACACCGAAUGGUCUCGCCUCAAAACUUAUACUCAACUAGCUGAAGAUUCCCGUUUUGAAGUCUUUAUCAACCUCUCUACAGAUUUUGAAAAACAUGAAAUCGUAAACGUCGUUAAAGAUAUCACCACUAAAGCAGGAAUUACUAUUCACCCAAACUCUAUCAAAAUCGAUGAAAAGGCAUCUCCUUUUAAUCCUGAAGAAUCAUAUUAUAACACCAUAGUGUCUCUUAAAUCUGAUACUGAAGUCGAUCGUAUCUUAGAAGUGGACCAUCCUAUUGAAACCAAGCAUGGCAGAAUCAUCACAAAAUCCUUCAAGUCCAAAGCGCAGUUCUUUAAAGAAAAAGCUAUCUCCAAAUCAAAUCAAUCAACAGAGAAAGAAAGCUCUAACUUCUCAACUAUUACUACUCCAAAUAAUUAUGAAGCAAGGUUUACCAGCCUUGAAAAAAGAGUCUCCAAUAUGGAAAGCAAUAUAUCAUAUAUUGCUAAGAAUAUGGAAACUCUAAUGCACAGCGUUAAAAGACUCGUCCAAGCUGGGAAGAGAAAGGACAUGCAUGAUAAAGAUAUUGAAUGA